CUGUUGUGCUUAGAAACAAACUCUUUAUACUUAAUUCUUCCAUCAUUAGUCACACAAGAGAACCCAAGAGCACGGGGUCGCGAUCCGUCGGACCUCAUCUACAUCGUUACACUCUUUCAUAUUCAUCCGCGACUCACGAUAAUCCAUUAGCUAUUCGUUAAAUUAAUGUACUCUACUCGAAAAAUAAAAUAAACUAAAACAAUCACAAGAUCAAUGGGAUAAAUUAAUACGUAAUACAUAAAUAAAUUAUCAAGCGUAUCAGCGACACAAGAAGACUAAAAUUUUUUUGAUAAUAAAAUUAACUAAAAAAUUUUAUCGAAAUACUAUAGACUGUAAGUUAAACUAGUGAGCGGUGGUUUGUGGUGGGUCUUUGUCUCUCAUGAAUCAACGUCGAUGUGAUCGGUACGCGGGCAUCAAUUACGAAGAUGCUCGCCGAGGUAUUUAUUUAUUAUCAUCAUCGGGCGCGAAGCCCGCAAUCUUAACAUCGAUCGACGGAUUGAUUAGACGGACCCCCUAAGUCACGUUAACUUCCUAAAAAAUUAAACAAGUAUUAAGUAUUAAGCACAAGAGCAGCUUAUGGCAGCGUUUAUAUGACAGAUGAAUUACUUUUCUCGGUGCUGGGAUUAAAGAUGGAUGAGACGGGAGAAAUAGCGCCCACGACGCUACCCUGCGACUACGAAAUCCCUUGUAGUCUUGAAAACCCGGAGUUCGUAGAGUUGAGCAACUUUACAAGUCCAGUUAGUGACAAUUUUGAGCACUAUACGGACUUGAACCCAAGCAGCUAUCCGACAGAAGUGACCUGGAGUGACUAUAAUCCUAAUGUCUCGGAGGCUUCGCCGUGUCUCAGUGAGCUGAGUGAGCUGGACUGUGAGCUUGACUGGUGCCUCGACAAGUACUGGGACUCGGGGCUGCCUGACAGGACUCCAAUGUGUACGCCAGGAUGCGAGAGAUUUCUACACUUGCCGCCUCCGAAAGCUGCCGCUGAAGUGCCCACCUUUCAACACGACGAGCCUCUUCUUGUGCUGGGGAUUGAUCUCAGAUCUCUGGAAAACAGCAUGGAUUUUAAUAACAAUUCGUUUGAAAGCAACGCGAUGUACUCCGCGUCAGCUGAUGCAGCUUUGGCGACUCAUGAUUACACGAAUCGUAAUCUGGAGAAUAAUGACGAUCGUUGCUUUCCAUGUACUUAUCAAGGAUGUUUGAAAGUUUACGCCAAAGCUUCUCAUCUAAAAGCUCACUUGAGACGUCACACAGGCGAGAAACCAUUUGCCUGUACCUGGGCAGGAUGCGGCUGGCGAUUCAGUAGAUCAGACGAGUUAGCUCGUCACCGAAGAUCUCAUUCAGGCGUCAAGCCGUACCCUUGUGAGAUGUGCUCCAAGAGAUUCGCCAGAAGCGAUCACUUGGCCAAGCACCGAAAAGUCCACCGGAAAAAUGCCUACGCUUUUCCUGGCGGCAGAGGUUACCGAGGGAACAAAGUUAACGUCCAAGCAUGAUCUGAAUCUCCAAAAACACUACGAUUUUCGAUAUAAUUUUCAUUGAUAAAAAAUCAAUAACACUGAUAAAUAAUAAGAAACUAUUUUAUAAAUAAAAAUAAAAGUAGAUUAAGUUUUAAACGUUUUGCAACUAAUCGACAGCUGAUUUUGUUUAAAUAAUUCAGUUUUAGUUAUUAAUUAAUAACUAAUUAAUUAUAAUUAAUUACUU